AUGCCGGCCAUGCUGGCGCCCGGCGGCUCUGCCAGGCACAGCCUUCUGCCGGGCGGAAGCCUGCGCCAGCCGGCAGCAGUGCUGAGGACUGGGCACGGCAAGCGGUCACUGGUGGUGCGUGUGGUCGGCCGGUACGCGCCAGGCAACACCGGCGCCCCGCCGCCGCAGCAGCAGCAGGCGGCGCCGCCACCCCGUCCACAGCAGCAGCCUGGCUACCAGCAGCAGUUCCAGCAGCCCGCUCAGCAGCAGCAGCCCCCCGCGCGGCAGGCGGCCGGGCAGCCGCGUGCGGCGGUGGCUCCCCGCCGCCGCAUCGGCGGCGCGGCGCGCGCCGGGCAGCCGCAGCAGGCCGCCACGCCCGCGGGCGGCCGCAUGCGGCAGCUGGCGGCGGCCGUAGUGGCACCGCGGGCCCAGCAGCAGCAGGUGGAGGAGGAAGCGGUGCGCACCAGCGUGCAGCGGUCGGCCGAGGAGGCGCCAGGCGAGACGGUGCUGCCUCGCUCGCUCCUCAUGGACAAAGAGAUCAUCACCAGGACGUCUGGCAACCGGCUGGGGUAUGUGAACGACAUGUAUGUGGACCCAGUCAGCCUGGCCGUCGCCUCCCUGUACCUGCGCCAGUCAGCCACCAGCCUGGCCGCCGCCAACACGUGCCACGUGAUGCUGGCCAGCCUGCGCCAGAUCAGCGACGUCAUCCUGGUGCACGACGACAACGUUCUGAUGGACCCGCCCGCGGACGACACAGUGGGGUACUGCCGCAUGGUGGGGGCGGCGGUGGUGACGCAGGCGGGGCGCGAGCUGGGGCGCGUCAGGGACUUCCUGUUUGACCCCGACAACGGCGCCAUCUCCACCAUCAAGUACGACAGGCUGGGCAUGCCUGUACUGCCGCAGGCGCUGUUCAGCUGCUACAGCAUCAGCUGGGAGGAGGUGGUGGCCCUGGGUCCCACCAAGCUCAUCGUCAGAACCGGCGUCGAGACGCGGGCCAUCAAGGAGAACGACGGCAUCGCGGAUGAGGGCAUCGCGCUGCUGCUGGAUGUGAUCCUGGGGCCCGCGGCGGGCAAGCAGGAGGCGGCGGGCGGCGGCGACGGCAGCGGCGGCGCUGCGGCGCCCGCUGGCGGCGCCGGCGUGAGCGGCAUGUCUGCUGAAGAGGAGCUCCGCUGGAGGAGCUCUCCUGAGUACAGGGCCUGGUACGAGGAGUUUGCGGGCAGCUGGGAGGCCAGCUACGGCAAGCGCAUGCCUCCGCCUGUGGAUGCCAAUGCCCGGGCGCCGGUGGCGCAGCAGCAAGCGCCGCCGCCACCGCUGGCGCCGCGGGCGCUGCCGCCGCCGCAAAGCACGCCGUAUGCGCAGGCGGUGCAGCAGCAGCAGCCAGCGGGGCAGCAGCAGCAGCAGUCGUACCAGCAGCAGCUGUUCCAGCAGCAGCGGCAGGCGGUGCCCGGCGGCGGCGGCGGCGGCGGCGGCGGCGGGGGGGUGGCCCGCCGCCGCGCCGCGGCGCAGCAGCAGCAGUAUGCGCCCCCACCGCAGCAGACCCAGCAGCCGCAGGGCCCUCCCCAGGGCAUGCAGUACGGUCAGCAGUACCAGCAGCAGCCUGGCGCUGCAAGGGCCCAGCAGUCGCCGCCGCCGCCGCAGCAGCAGCAGCAGCAGCAGCCGCGGGGCCCACCCAGGCAGGCCCAGCAGCCGCAGGCGCCUGCCCGUUAUUGUUGA